AUGCAAUUCAUCAUCCUUGCCGUCGCCGCUCUGGCCGCCGCUACCCCAGCCCGCCUCCGCGAGCGAGCUCCGAUCAACGUCUGUCCGGCUCUCGACAGCCCUGAGUGCUGCCAGGCGGAUGUCGACGGCGUUCUUGCUUUGACUUGCUCUCCUCCAUCGGGUGAGGUCUACACGGCCGAUGGUCUUGAGAAGGACUGUGCUGCGAGCGGGUUGAGUGCUUUUUGCUGUACUCUUCCUUUGGCUGGUGAUGCGCUGCUUUGCAGCCCUGCUUAG